GCAAAAUGCGAGCGAUAUUUGGAAAUUGCGAGUGACUUUUAUUCAAGCUCGCAAAAUUCUGCGAGUGGCUUUUUCUAGACCACAAAAUGUUAAAAGGAAAGUAGAAUAAACAUGAACUUAAUUCCGCUAUGUAGUCGAGUGUGAACAGCCUAUAAGUGGCAUGUUUACACUACCGGUAUAAAGAAGACAGUACGGAGUCACGCUCUAGUAGGUUUUCAAAAAUAGAACAAAUACGGAAAAGGCCGAGUUUUAUCUCGAAUCUUUCCGGGAUGCUCCGAGGCGUGCAUAAUACAAAGUAAAUACGAAUGACGUAAUCACCUAGCUCAAUCAUUGGCUAAAUUUAGCGCUUUUGCGCACUAUAUGUAAACCCCAUCAUCCUUUGAAUACAUUUCCGCCCAACUGUCAAAUUGAAUAGACUUCGUUGAUCGAUAUAGUUCAUGGUCCAAAUAACAGUGCUCUGAUAAGCUGUGAAUGAGGUUUAACAAAACCAAGGCUGCAUUUUAUAGUGAAUACAUGACGAUCAUCUAUGCUGCAAAUUUGCCUGCUUUUCAAAAUUCAGAAGUAAUUGCAGAAGGAAGUUGCUUUAUGGACGCAGCUUUACCCGACCAUGAGGCAACUACUACCCGAAACGUAUCAAGGCAGAAACGCCCAAAGCUGUCAUCAGAGUGUAAGCAAAAUCUAAGUCACAAGGACCUGUCUGUUGACGCAUUUAACGCUUCCAUGCAUGCAAGUUCACAAUCAGAUCUGUCGCUGGACCAAGACUAUGGUCACCACAGUGCGACAAGCAGCUGCCAGGCCUUCGAAGGCAGUGUAAGGUGCGCCAGUGUUGAGGAGUUGGCCAUGGAUCAAGGAUCUCUUCUUGGAAUGGGUUCUCAGGUGGACCAGGAGAGCACAGACAAUGACAGUGGCUGUCUGCACGGGGAAAAUGAGCUGGAAGACCUGCUGUAUCACUUCAGGCAGUUUUUUCGGCACCAGAUUGAUCAGGAGAUGAGCAUGAUGCAUGAGAGAAUGUACAUGAUGCUUGAAAAUCAACAGACACAUGUGCGCCGCAUUGUAAAUACAGCCAUCAGUGGUACAUGGAACAACAGUCCACAGCUUCCUGCCAGUGAGCCUGCAAACCAGAACUUUGCAGAGAUAUUUCAAGAUGAUGAUCACAGUACAAAGGAUGAGACAGACCAACAACAAAAUUGUUUGACUGUUACCACAAGAUACCCACAGAUACCAGUAACCACCGCAAGCUGCACAAACCAUGCACAACCAAGUCAAGAGCAAGAUCUUCUAGGACUGUUGUCUGCCUCCUGUUCAGUGAGCUCAUUGCUGGCAAAGCCUCAGUUUCGGUCCUAGCCUAAAGCCAACCACAGUUCAAUAUGUUGUCUGAGCACACAGAAACAUUUCCUGCAAAUACUUGCUGCCCUUGCUUUGAUGGCUUUUGAAGUUAUGCACAUGUUAAUUUAUUGAUAGAAGAUGAAUAUGACUGGUGUUGAUAUUCUUCCAACCAUGAAGCAAAAUAUGUAGUUGUUUUAAUGUCAACGAAUGUAUGCCCCCACAAGGGUUGCAUAUAGUCACAAUGUCUGUUUGUCAAAUCAUGUCUCUCAGAUAUUACUUAAUUAGCAAUAAGAUCUCAGACUUCACAAAAUUGAUGGGCCAACAAAGCUUACUUAACUUACUGAUGUCAUUAGAUAAUGCAACCACGUGCUAUUAUUUAUUUACAAAAUAUAAUCCCAGUAUUUGUCAACUUAUUAUUCAAGUGACAACCGGUGACUGGUUUACUGUCAAGUAUAAUGGUAGGGUAUGUUGUGACUUUUAUUUGACAAUUAUUAUGGAGAUUUUUAUCUCAUUUAUUAAAGAUUAAAUCCAAAUGGCUAAUCUAUAUAAAAGGCUUAUCGACGCAUUUGCUAUGUUUCUGUGACAGCUCUUUAUUUUGCCAUUUUCCAGCUUUUCAGCUAACCACUUGGUCUUGUUUACUAUAUAUCUAUAUAGUUUUACUUUAACUGAUAUUAGCCUAUUUUAAUGUAUGUUUAG